AUGAUGACUACAGAUCGGAAUGCAAUCCCAUUCGCCUCACAUGUUGGGGCCUCAGGCCGUGCUUCUGCCCGUCCGACUUCUCCGGACUCUGAUGGCUUGCGCUGUUGCAUCCUCAAGUUGUCAGGACAAAUCAAUAGAGUCGCCAUGCAACCAGCAGACCUGGGCCACUUUGUCCGCGUUCUCUUGAACAUGCAAGCAGAGACCCUUUCUCUUCUGGUUGCUGGUGGCAACCGAGGAGGCAUUGUUACAACUUCCCCCGCUCCGCUUCUUCACUCUCCUAAGCCGCAACCUCUUCCUCCUCGUUCAACUUUUCCUCACCAUCCUCAUCUUUAUUCUCAUCCUCUUCUUCCUCUUCCUCCUCCUCCUCCUCCCUCUUCUUCUCCACCUACUCCUCCUCCCACUGGUGGCAUGUACACCGUUUCUAAGGCCAGUCUCCUGUUCUGCCUUUCCUGUCUCCAGGUUGCGCCUCGUGGCCUCACCUCCCUCGGCCAAAAUGGAAUCCUCCAAAGCAGUCUACAGCUUCUGAAAUUCCCACCCCCCUCGGCAACCCGCUUCCCAACACAUGGAACGAGCAGUUUUUUAGCCACCCCUCACAACACGUCUGUUGCCAGAGUUGAGACCAGACGGAGCCCUGCAUCUAUCGACGGGCUGGCGAAGAGGAGGCGUGAACCUGUAGCCCAUGAACACCACCCUCUCCGUGGACAAUUGUACAUCGAGAGGCUGUAUGAUGUGGGGAAGGAGGAUGAGCGCCUACAUGCAGGCCGGGGCACGGAAAGAAAUGGUUCAGAGACUCUAACCGGUCGACAAGCGGCUGUCCGGCGGCUCUCGGCGACCCUUUCGUUCACCCCCAGAGAGCCAAUUGCCUACAUACAGACAGUC